AUGGACAAAGCAGCACCGACGAAUGGCCACGUCGCUCCUGGUAUCAGUCUGGCCAUGGGUCCUGUCGAUACAAUGGAAGUUGAUCCUCCAACGACAAAUGGCACUGCGGGCAAAAGAAAGUCAUCGAUGGCGAACGGCAAAACUUACAAGGAUGAGAGCGACUCGGACGAUGUUCCACUGACCAAGAAGCGUAAGACGAAGGCUUUGGACUCGGACGACGACGACGUACCACUCAAGAAGAUAGUCAAGCCACCCAAGGCGUCUGCUGCACAAAUCGGAGAAUCUGAUGACGAUGACGAUGUACCACUUGGUCAGAAGUUGCAGAAGGAGAAAGAGGUCAUCGAGAAAAGGGCUGAGAAAGAAGCUGCGUCACUGCGUCGCAAGGACAAGAACGAGGAAGCCAAACGUAAAGCGAAGAAGCAGAAGAGUGACGACGAAGACGAUGAGCCUAUUGCCAAGAAGAAGAAGGCUCCUGCGAAGGCCAAGAAGGUCAAGAAAGAGGACGAUGAGGAGGACGACGUGCCGCUCAGCAAGAAGGCACCCGCUAAGAAAGCAGCUGUCAAGAAAGAAGAUGCGAAGAAAGCGGGCAAAGCCAAGGUCAAGAAGGAGGAACAGACCGCCGAAGACGAUCAGGCUGAGGACGAAGAAGAAGAGUACAGGUGGUGGGAGGAUCCAACCAAGGGCGAUGGAACCAAGAAGUGGAGCACUCUCGAGCACAACGGAGUCAUCUUCCCGCCUGAGUAUGAGCUACUACCGAAAAAUGUCAAAAUGGCUUACGAUGGAGUACCUAUUACGUUACACCCAGAAGCUGAAGAGAUCGCGCACGCUUUCGGGAGCAUGCUGAAUUCGACUCACAACGUCGAGAAUCCAACCUUUAUCAAGAACUUCUUCGCCGACUUCAAGGAAAUGCUCGACAAGACGGGCCAUGCUACAGACAAGGACGGAAACAAGGUCAAGAUCACAAAGUUCGAGAAGUGCGACUUCAAGCCGAUCUUCAACUACGUCGACGCUGCACGCCAAACCAAGAAAGCUCUUCCGGCCUCGGAAAAGAAGAAGCUGAAAGCGGAGAAGGAUGAAAUAGAGGCACCGUUCAUGUAUUGUACGUGGAAUGGUCGCAAGCAGAAGGUCGGCAACUUUCGUGUCGAGCCGCCAGGUCUGUUUCGUGGUCGUGGCGAACAUCCAAAGACCGGCAAGUGGAAGAAGCGAGUCGCACCCGAGCAAAUCACCAUCAACAUCGGCAAAGACGCAAUGGUGCCGAGACCGCCCGAGGGGCAUAAGUGGAAGGAAGUCAAACACGAUCAGGAGGGUACAUGGCUUGUUAUGUGGCAGGAGAAUAUCAACGGCGCAUACAAAUACGUUAUGCUGGCUGCCAACUCCGAUGUCAAGGGCCAGAGCGACUACAAGAAAUUCGAGAAAGCCCGUGAGCUGAAGAAACACAUCGACCGUAUUCGCAAGGACUACCACAAGGAGCUCAAGUCUGAGCAGAUGGCUGAGCGCCAGCGUGCUACCGCCGUAUAUCUCAUCGAUCAGUUUGCGCUUCGUGCCGGUAACGAGAAGGGCGAAGACGAAGCAGACACCGUGGGCUGCUGUUCGCUCAAAUUCGAGCACGUCACCCUUCGCCAACCAGACACUGUCAUCUUCGAUUUCCUGGGUAAAGAUUCAAUCCGCUUCUACGACGAAGUCAAGGUCGAUCUGCAAGUGUUCAAGAACCUCAAAAUCUUCAAGCGCGCGCCAAAGACCGAAGGCGACGAGAUCUUCGAUCGACUCACUACAUCUGGUCUUAACAAGCAUCUGUCGAAUUACAUGACUGGCUUGACCGCGAAGGUCUUCCGUACUUACAACGCGUCUUGGACUAUGUCAAACCUGCUCAAGGACAUGAAAGCGACGGGGACAGUGCCUGAGCGCAUCAAAGCCUACAACGAUGCCAAUCGCCGUGUGGCCAUCCUGUGUAACCAUAAGCGUACCGUGGGCGCUGGUCACGCUGCUCAGAUGGAGAAGAUGGAAGGCAGGAUCGAUGGUCUUCGCUAUCAACAAUACCGCCUCAAGCAGCAGAUGCUCGAUCUUGAUCCAAAGCUCAAGAAGAAACGUGGCGCGGAGUACUUCGACCUACCAGAAGGUAUCGACAUUGAGUGGGUGAAGAAGCACCAAGAAGAGCUCGUGACCGAAACCCGCGACAAGAUCCGCAAGAAGUUCGAGAAGGAGAACGAGAAGCUUCUGGCGGAUGGCGAGAAGGAGAUGAAGGCCAAGGAGCUCGAUGAGCGCAUGGAGCCUGCUGAUGAGUUCGAGGCGAAGUUCAAGCGCGAGAACAAGAAGGGCGGGAAGAUCGAGGCGGACGGCAAGGCGCCCACACUGGACAAGUUGGACGCUGCGCUUGAGAAGCUCGAUACGAGGAUUGCUACGCUUAAGUUACAGAGUGAGGAUCGUGAGAGCAAUAAGGAGGUUGCGCUGGGGACUUCCAAGAUCAACUACAUCGAUCCGCGUCUUACCGUCGUCUUCUCGAAGAAGUUCGACGUCCCAAUCGAGCGCUUCUUCUCCAAGACGCUGCGUGAGAAGUUCGACUGGGCCGUCAAGUCUGUCGAUGAGGAUUGGGAGUUCUAG